AUGUUCCGCCGCUCUCGUCGCAUCGCAGCCCUCUCCGCCCUCCUGGGACUUAUCCUCCUCUACCACUUCUACACCCUCCGCUCCGAGCUACAUCCUCAAAAAAAUGACGAGGCCCGUCGCACCCUUCCCGAAUGCCCACCCCUCCCGGGGAUGGAGGACGUCCUCGUCGUGAUGAAGACCGGCGUCACCGAGUCUCUCGACAAAGUUCCCGUCCAUUUCCACACCACCCUCCGUUGCGUCCCCCACUACGUCAUAUUCUCCGACUUUGCGGAAGAAAUCGAAGGUGUCAAGAUUCAUGACGCCUUUGUUGGAAUGGACACGACCGUGCGGGAUACCGUCGAGGACUUUAACCUUUACAACCGCCUUCGCGAACAAGGCCGCGCCGGUCUCGCGUCCGCCGACUUCGCUGACGAGGCCAAUUCCAACAUCGGCAAACCCAACAACCCGGGCUGGAAGCUUGAUAAGUGGAAGUUUCUCCCGAUGGUUCAACAGGCGCUGGCCUAUAAAGACGAUGCGAAGUGGUACGUCUUCAUGGAGGCGGACACCUAUUUCUCGUGGCCGACGCUUCUCGCAUGGCUCGCACAUUUCGACUCCAGCGAGCCGCACUAUAUCGGAACCGAGACCCAGAUCGCGGACGUCAUCUUCGCGCACGGCGGAUCAGGCUUCCUCGUCUCCAACCCGGCCAUGCAGCUGGCUUCCAAAGAAUACGCCGCUCGGACGGUAGAGUUGAACGAAUACACCGAUUGGCACUGGGCUGGCGAUUGCGUCCUAGGCAAGGUUCUCGCGGACGCCGGGGUGCCCUUGCAUUACUCCUGGCCCAUGCUCCAGAACUCCAACCUCGGCGAGAUCGACGAGUUCGCCACGGGCUUCUAUCGCAAGCCGUGGUGUUUCCCCGCCGUGGCGUUCCACCACUUAUCAUCCCGCGACAUCCAAGAUUUGUACGAGUAUGAGCGUCGCAGAUGGCAAGAUGUCAACAAACACAUCCUCCUCCACCGCGACGUCUUCAAGGAACUUAUAUACCCCGAACUCUCCAACGUCCGCGACAGCUGGGACAACCUUUCCGACCAAGAACGCCCGGACAUCACCACCUUCCACGAAUGCCAGACCGUGUGCGCCGACGCAGCCAACUGCGCCCAGUUCGUCCUCCGCGCCGGCGUCUGCUUCCUCGGCGAAACGCCCCGACUGGGAGUCCGCAACCCCGACGCUCGGUCCGGCUGGAUCCUGAACACGAUCGACAAGAUGAUAGAACAUGCGCCACGGUGUGGUCGGCCGGACUUUGGUUUAUAG